AUGCCGCUCCGGAUCAUGUGCACCAUCUCCUUUUCCACUGACGAUGAACCUUGUAGAGGAUACUGUAAAGAGGGCUUUAAUGACUACUACAAGCGUAUACAGAAGGACUACAGUGAUGGGGGCUCACAGGACUACCUGGAUAGGUGCAGCCAGGUGGAUGAUGACAUCGAAGAGGACGAGGGCAAUGAUGGUGAUGUGGAUGACUUGGCCACUUUCUUCGGUGGUUGCUCGCUCCACGGAGCCAACCAUGUGUUUGUGGAAGACAAGAAGUUUGGUAUUCGCCAGGGUCUGUGGGCACUGGUCUUCAUUUUGUCCCUGUCUGCCUUCUUAUACCAGGUAGCUGACAGAAUUAUCUAUUAUCUCCAAUAUGACCACAUCACCAUGCUGGAUGAGAGAGUGGCCGACCAAAAGAUCUUUCCUGCCAUAUCUAUGUGCAAUUACAACUUCAUCCGUAAGUCUCAGAUGAGCUACAGUGACCUGAUUUUCACAAGUCCCUUACUGGGAUUUGAGGAAGGCAUGGCACCUGGGUUUCAGCUGGCUGCAGAGCCGGACCGCCCACAGGGCUCACCCUUCAGCCUGGAUGAGUUCUACAACCGCACCCGCCAUCGUAUUGAAGAUAUCCUGCUUGAAUGUAGUUAUAGUGGCAAAGAGUGUGGCCCUAAAGACUUCAGAGAGAUAUUCACUCGCUAUGGAAAAUGCUACACGUUUAAUUCAGGCCAAGAUGGACAACCCCUGCGGGUGACGACGAAGGGAGGGAUGGGUAAUGGCCUGGAGCUGAUGUUAGACAUCCAGCAGGAUGAAUACUUGCCUGUAUGGGGAGAAACUGGUGAGUUCACACUUUACAUUAAAAGCCUCUGGUUUUGGCAUCUCCUUCAGCUGACGUACCUGCCUCCACCAUGGGGAGACUGCAAGUCUACAUCGAUGGACUCGGACUUCUUCAGCACUUACAGCCUCACAGCCUGCAGGAUCGACUGCGAGACCCGAUACCUGGUGGAGAACUGCAACUGCAGGAUGGUUCACAUGCCUGGAGAUGCCCCAUACUGCACCCCGGAGCAGUACAAGGAGUGUGCAGAUCCUGCCUUAGACUUUCUUGUUGAGAAAGACAACGAUUACUGUGUGUGUGAAACGCCAUGCAACUUGACUCGGUACGGUAAAGAGCUGUCCUUUGUCAAGAUACCCAGCAAGGCGUCGGCCAAGUAUCUUGCCAAGAAAUUCAACAAGACGGAGCAGUACAUUGCUGAUAACAUACUGGUGUUGGAUAUCUACUUUGAAGCACUGAACUAUGAAACCAUAGAACAAAAGAAAGCCUACGAGCUGGCAGGGCUUCUCGGUGAUAUUGGAGGCCAGAUGGGUCUCUUCAUUGGGGCAAGCAUCCUCACUGUUCUUGAGCUCUUUGAUUAUCUGUAUGAGGUGAUCAAGUACAAGCUGUGCAGAUGCAUGAAGAAGAAACACAAAGGCCGCAGUAACAACGACCGGGGAGCUGUGCUGAGCCUGGAUGAUGUGAAACACCAUGCUCCCUGCGAGAAUCUUCUUACGCCAUCAACAUAUCCUGGGAACAUGCUACCUCACCAUCCGGCCCAGGGCAACUUUGAAGACUUCACUUGUUGAGCAGAACCUUGCAAAGCAGCAAAGUGCGCGUUAUGCAACCAAAGCCAACCACUAAGACAGCAAGGACUAUCUGACGCUCAGACGCUCAGAGACUGAUGCUAAAUCUAACAAAAGCACUUUUUACUUAAAGACUAAAACCUAAAUAAAUAAAUGAGACGUAAUUUUCACCCAAGGCCAAGUGAAGAGAAAGCUCUGAAUAUUGAAAAAUAUAUAUAUAUAUUUUAAUUUUAGGAGAGCAUUUCAUGCAGCACUCAAAGCUGUGUUUUCUCUGGAAUACUGCCGCAAAAGGACGAAACUCGUGGAGACACGUUGCCAACAUGGAACUCUCCUGUAAACGACAAAAAAAUUAUAAUAAUAACAUGAAGAUGUACAUUCAUCCCACCGUACAGAGCUGGGCAGACAACGAAACCCCCAUGCCUUUAUAUAACACAGC